GGGGGUUUAAACCGGGGCCGGGAUUUAGGGGAAGAGAACGGCGAGGAACGCCCAGCCUGCCCGGUAGCUCCGUGCUUCCGCCGCUGGUGCCGCCGCCGGAGGGACGAACCGGGCGCGGCCCCGGAUCCCGCCGAGGAGCCGCCGCCAUGAACAGCGUGGGAGGCGCCGACGAGAUCGGAAAACUCUUUGUGGGUGGCUUGGACUGGAGCACAACACAAGAGACUCUUCGUAGCUACUUCUCCCAGUAUGGAGAAGUCGUAGACUGUGUAAUAAUGAAAGACAAAACAACGAACCAGUCUCGAGGAUUUGGAUUUGUCAAAUUUAAAGAUCCCAACUGUGUGGGAACAGUACUGGCCAGUAGACCUCAUACGUUAGAUGGCCGAAAUAUUGAUCCAAAGCCAUGCACACCUAGGGGGAUGCAGCCCGAAAGGACACGACCGAAGGAAGGAUGGAAAGGAUCCAGGAGCGAUAACAAUAAAUCAAAUAAAAUUUUUGUUGGUGGGAUUCCUCAUAACUGUGGCGAGACAGAGCUCAGGGAAUACUUCAAGAAAUUUGGAGUGGUCACUGAAGUUGUAAUGAUCUAUGACGCAGAGAAACAGAGGCCCCGAGGUUUUGGAUUUAUUACUUUCGAGGACGAACAAUCAGUGGACCAGGCUGUCAACAUGCAUUUUCACGACAUCAUGGGCAAAAAAGUGGAGGUGAAGCGCGCAGAACCUCGUGAUAGCAAAAGCCAAACUCCAGGGCCACCCGGUGCCAGUCAGUGGGGAAGCAGGAUCAUGCCAAGUGCUGCCAACGGCUGGGCAGGUCAGCCGCCUCCGACCUGGCAACAAGGAUAUGGCCCUCAAGGGAUGUGGGUGCCAGCUGGACAGGCGAUUGGUGGAUAUGGACCACCUCCUCCAGGAAGAGGAGCUCCACCACCACCACCACCAUUUACCUCAUACAUAGUCUCUACGCCACCUGGAGGAUUCCCACCUCCGCAAGGAUUUCCGCAGGGCUAUGGUACCCCUCCACCAUUUAGCUUUGGUUACGGUGCUCCACCGCCUCCGCCUGACCAGUUUGCCCCGCCUGGCGUUCCCCCUCCACCCGCCACUCCAGGGGCAGCACCACUAGCUUUCCCACCGCCACCACCGCCGUCUCAGGCAACUCAGGACAUGAGCAAACCCCCCACUGCUCAGCCAGAAUUCCCUUACAGUCAGUUUGGGUAUGGACAAGACUUGAGCGGUUUUGGACAAGGUUUCUCCGACCCCAGCCAGCAGCCCCCUCCCUACGGAGGCCCCUCGGUGCAGCCAUCCAGCGGACCACCUGCAGGAGGAAGCGGUUUUGGCCGAGGACAGAACCAUAAUGUGCAAGGAUUUCACCCCUACCGGCGCUAGCGCGGGCUGGCAAUCAGGGAAUUCUGUCCAGCCCGGGUUACCCAGGAAUCCCAGACUUCUGAACUUGUGACAAUCACAUACUUGAUGGAAGAAAAACCUAACAACAUUUUUUUGGGGGAGGGUGGGGGGAUGAUGGCUUCUGGAGGCAGAGCUGUGGGUGUUUGGACUGCAGUUUUUAAACAUUUUCCUUUCUCUAACCCCAUCAGCACAAAUAAAGAAAAUGUCACUGGUUCAAACUACAGGGUUUUAAAAAUGUCUUCAGCUUUAAUUCACAACUUCAGGUUUCUUUUUUUUGUUGAAAUUAUUUUUCCUGAGCCUUUUGUUUUACCGUAUAUUGUAAACUUUUAUGUUUAAAAGAAAAAAAAUAUAUACAUUUACAGAUUGUGAAAUUUUUAAGAGAAAUUUUCUACUAUGUAUGCUGGCUUAUUUUUUAAUUUAAAAAACAGGGUUUCCGUUAGCACUGUUGGAAGUGAGGGCGAGCUGCAACCCCUUCACUCUGACCUUAGCGGUGGGGCGGAUGGCUCAGGAACUCUGGGAGUUAAAUCUACUGAGUGUAUUUUGCUUGUGUUACCUGAACGGUGCAGGACCGGGAACAGGGCAGGGUGCAGACUUGCUGACGCACAGAGUCACUUAACGAAGCGCAGUGCUUGGAUCUGGGCUUCAUGUGCUUUCCGAUCCUCUGUGGAUUUCCUUGGGGUUAACGGAGGCCUUGUUAAGAUGUAGAUUUCCCUCAGGCAAAAAGGUUUAGGUGCAAUUUGCACUAACCAGUGAUUACCCCUGGUUUGAAUAAAGAGAAGUACAUUUGGACUAGAAACACAAGCCUGUCUCCAUUUUUUAAUUUUGCUUUUGACAAGUUUCUUGUGAAUUUUGUGUUCUUAUGAGAAGUCAAUUGGCAGCCCUCAAAAUCUACCGUCAGCAUACAGGCUUGCGCUGUGCCCUAGUGGGCUCCGAGGCCCCCGGCAGUGGAAUCCAAGCGGUGGCUCUGCUGCACGCCCAACUCCUGCCUCUGUGAGGAGCCAGCUGUGCUGGUCGGUGUCCUGGGGUGGCUGCAGAGCAAAUUGCAUUUGAGGGGGGAAAAGGACUCUUCACCGUGUCUCCUAAACCCAUCAGCAGGCUCAGGGCUGCACAUUGGGAGGUUCCCUCGGUGUCCCCAUUGAGAGAGCUGCAGGCAGCUUUGGGGUGUUCGCAUGUCAGUCAGUAGCAGGGAUGUUGGAUGCCCUUCAUCUGACUUGGGGGUGUGCAAGCGCAUUCUUCCCAGCAAGGCUGAAUGCAUAGAACUGUCUCACAGAUUGGUGCACCCCUGGGGGUGUUUCCCUGGUCUCACUUGCCCCGCGUCUGGAAUUCCUGGGUGACCUUCCUAGGAAUGUGACUCAAUGGUGCUGACCUGGAGCCACAUCCCUGAUUCCUGUGAUCCCAUCACUGGGGAUCCCUCUUCCACGGUAUCCUCUGUAACUGCUGCGAGCAGCAGCAACCAGGUAAAACCUGGAUUUACAAGUAGGUCAGUGUCCAGAACUCCUUGACCUGGCUCUUCUGGAACACUGCUUCCAUGCCGGUCUCUUAAAUGCAGGGUUGAUCCCAUGGGAAAUGAAAUCUAACACAAUGGAUAAGCACUGUGGAGUGGGAUGGGUCAUUGGGCCUAACGCCACACCGCUGCACGUUGUCUGCCCCUUAUCCAUGAGCCUGAGGCUGCCAAGUCAAAGCCAAACCUUCCCAAGGAGCCUUCUCCCAGGGCUUGUGGCUGCUGGGUGCAGGUCUGGGCUCACUAAUCCUCUCUGCUCUCAUUAAUUGCUGUUAAUGGGGCUUCACUACUGCAAGCUGGAAAGACCUCUCACAGGAGCAAAUAUGGUGUUGUGCAGCACAGCUUGAAAUUUGGGAUGCAUUGCACUGUAUCCAUGGCACUGGAGGUCACUGGAAUGGCUCUUGGAAGGGCUUUGAUCCAUUCGGAGGCUUCAGAGUUUGGAUGGAUGGUGCCAGUUCCACUCCCUGGGAAUCCCCUUAGCUCUGCUCCUCGCUCAUUCGCAUCCACGAGCACGAAGCAUGCACUGCUUCCCUGCUGGAACAGAAGCUGCUCCUGCUUUCCCUUUAUGCAGGUGCAUCCGUGCAACCACUUGGAUCUUCUCACUGAGGACUGGGUUUUGAUUUCUUGACAUGUGAAACACCCGGGCACAAUGCAGACCAGAGGCACCUCGAUGAUGUGCAGGAUGGGAGGAGACCCAACACCAGCACAGCUCCGCUGCCAUUCCAGCUCCUCUUGGAUACAAGAAUUUGGAAGCAGAUACCUCCUGUGCAGAACAAGCUCUUCAGGUUGGCGCAGGCCUUUGCAUUCGCUCAGGAUUCAUCCCUGCCCAGGGACAAACGGCCUUGGCUGCUGCCGAGAACUGAGCUGCUGCUUGUUUGCUCAGCACUGGCCUCCCCACCCUCACAGCAAAAUAUUUCUUCCUAAGAUCUCAUCUCAACCUCCCCUCUUCCAGCUGGAAACCGUUCUCUUUCAUCCUCUCCCUGCCCUCCCUCAUCAGGAGCCUCUCCCCAGCUUUCCUGGAGCCCCUUUCAGUGCUGGAAGCUGCUCUAAAGUCUCCUGGGAGCCUUCUCUUCUCCAGGCUGAACAACUCCACCUCUCUCAUCCUGUCCUUGUAUGGGAGGCGCUCCAGCCCUCGGAUCAUCUCUGGCCUCCUCUGGACUCGCUCCCACAGCUCCAUGCCCUCCCUGUGCUGAGGACUCCAGAGCUGGACGCAG